UCUCCCUCCCUCCUGCCACAGCCUCGGGCGGGCGCUCGGGCAGCCCCGUCCCCGCCGCACGUGUCUGCGCCCCGAGCCCCGCUGCCCUCCGCAGAGGCCGCCGCCAGCCCGGCCUGCGCCAGGGCGCUCCCCUGCCUCCUGACACUUGUUGCACGGCGGCGGCUGCGACGCCCCCGCCAGCGCCCUGCCCCGUCCCCAGGCCGGGCCGGUGGCCGCGGCCUCCAUGAUGACCGUGGGGCCCCGGCGCUCGGGGUCGCCGAGCCCACCGCUGCUCCAUGCUCGCCUUCCCCGGGGGGGACCAGCCGGGUUUCUCCGCUGCGAAAGCGGUCCUGCGUUGCUGAAGGAAGAGGAGAGACCUGUAGGCAAAGCCGCGGCUGCGGUGAAGCUCUCUCGCAUGAGCCGUCUGAAACACAGUGGAGACCAGACCCCGCGGCUCUCUUGCGAUAACCCGGCUUUGAGCAGCAGCGCGUCCUGUUCCGGGGCCGCCUUCGUUGUAAAGCUCAAAUGCCUUGUUUUCACUGCGUUUUAUCUUCACAGACACCGGUUGCCUCCUCUACUCACCCCUUUGCUGUAGGGCUAAGGCAGAGAGAAGCUUUACAGAGCGAGUCAGGCCAAGCUAAAGAGUGAAAUCCUUCCUUCACGCCUAGAGGAGUAGGUUCAGCUCAUCAGCGCUGUGCUCGAGCCUUGGUCUCCAGCGGUUCUCCCCGUUUUCCACACACAACACAACCGUACAAAGAACGUAACAGAAAUUCCUGGAUAGGGCAGGCAAAUUUCUCCCUGUGUGAAGCUAACGAGGCUUGGUACGCUCAACACCUCUGAAAAAACGAUGGUGUAGAUGCUCCUUUCAUACCCGACAUAUCGCUCCCUUCUUUCCCUUCACAAAUUUCCAGCUUUUCUAUCUGCAUGCCCCAGGAUAAGCGUGUUAUCCCACUUCAAGGCAAUGGCUUGUUUGGAUCAAGUAUUUUGUAAUGAAGUGCAGCAGUUGCCUGUGAACUUUCUGUCACUGCAGGAUUAGAGACAGGACUUCAUAGUUCUCAGCUGGCUUCUGUUCACUGGCUUUCCCAUUUGUUUCUCUUCUGCAUCUCAUUAUACAUCCAGAUUUCUGUCGCUUGUCUUCUGCAACAGCACAUCUUUAGCAAGCUUAUUUUUCCCCAGGUUGGUGUUCUUCCUGAUCCUGCAAAAAUUAGUCUGCAUUGCUCAUUUUAUCUCCUGGUUCCCCCCCAUCCAGGGAAGUUUAUUCUAAAAUAUUGUCUUGAUUUUUCUAGGCAAAAUUUGGUUUUGUGGCUGUGUCCGGCAUUGAAUCUCUCAUAUAAACCAUCUAGUCUACCCAAAUGUGAUAAAACAAUGAUAGAAUGAGAAAAAACUUUAGCCAAACAUCAGCUUUUUGUAAAACAUAGGGCAGAAUUGUUAACGGUAGUGUGUUUGCAGUGCUGUGGUAGAGUCCGUCACCACAGCUUUAAUCAGAGUACGACACAGGGAACCCAAACCAGGUGGCUAAACAUGGUCAUUCAUUUCCAAGAGUGUAAGAUGAGAAUCCGUUCUCCAUUGCAGAUGCCUUAAGGCAUCUAAAGCUACUUAAUAUUUCAGUUAGUGUGGUUUGCUGUAUAGAGAAGUCCUUAAGUAAGGGAUCAGGGAGAUUUUUGGUAGAGGACAUGCAGUCAGAAAAGGGCUGUGGAGAGUUUAAUUUGUUUUCAGCUGCUACUUCUAAUAGUCUUACAAGCUUUGACAACACUGAGCGGAGCAGCCUGCAGCAGCUCCUUCUGCAUUUCGGUGGUAGAUGGGGCCUCAAGGGAUGUCAGACCUGCAGAGCAGAGCUUCCCCCUCCAAGUUUUUCUAAUGAGUACAACCAAAUAGGGACAUUUGUUGUCUCUCUUCCUAGACAGCUUUUUCCUGGGGCACAGGCACUUAUGAUCCUGAAGAUUAGGCACGACGAUAAGCAAUAAGGAAGGCCAGGCUGAUGACACAGUAAUUGCAGUUAUUUCCAGGUUUCUGGGAAAGCAGUGCAGCUUACAGCUGAUCCAGAGCGUGGCAGGGAAUCAUUGGAGAAUUUAUUUUAUCGCUUUCAGCUCUUCAGCAAGCCUGCCGGGAGCACUGACAGCGCAUCAGUCCCAGCCCCCCCUGCUCUGCAGGGCUGGAGCGCUGUGUUUCGGUAGCCUGUUUGGUGGGGGGAGAGAAGAGAAACAGCCACUGAGUCGUCGGUUAGACAGAAAAAGCUUGUAGUGGUGCUGGCAUAGAGACCGAUGCUUCUGUGGUUGAUAUUGGCAAAGCCAGCGACAGCCACAGGUAUUUCAUCCUGGAAAAGCGUCUUGCCCUCCCUUAUGUUUUCAGUCUCUGUGCAGGAGCACUAGAAAGAGGGUUGCAUGCAUAAUCCACUGCAGUGCUCCCUCUGCACCAGUCCACAGAAGCUGUACUACAUGCCGUGAUCCUUCAAUUAUAGCAGGUUGGGUUUUAAGCUCUGGUCACGAGGAGGUUAGUCCCAAGAAGGGGACGGGAGGGUGACCCUCACCUAUUUGGCUGCAGGCCGCCAGCGCCGGUGUUGAGGCACUGACAGCACUUGGUUAGCCUCAGAGAGGAAGAACUGCAGCUGUAUAACCACCGCAUGCCAAACCACAAGAGCCUCGGGGGAAACUCUCGCAGAGAGCACCUGGCUGAACAGGAAUAUGGUCUAUCUUCUUGUAAUUUCCAGCCCUUAUAUUUCUCUUCACCUAAGGAAUAGUACCUCAUCCUCUUACCUCCUUUAGGCAGAGCCCUAAUCCAAGCCUAGGCAGAGCCACCGUACAGACACUGGACCUGUGCCUUUUUUCUGCUCCAGUGUUUCUAGCCUGCUCUGUUUCCUCCCCAAACCUCAACCCUGCCAGUGCUCCUGCAUCCAGGCAGAGCAGGCAAGAGCAGUAACCCUGAACAGGAGCCAACAGCUUUCCACCACUGUGCCUUAGCUAAUGCCAGGGAACAAAACGUGCCUUCUCCCUCUCCAGGCACCCUGGAGCACCCCGGUGCCUUGGCAGGCCGGCGGGGCCGGCGGCUCUCGUCUCACUAGCCCUCUUCCCCCAGGCAGCGGCAGCUCUCUCACACUUGAGAGCGAUAGGGUCUGUGGACUGUACUGCAAAUACACAAAAUCUUUUCCGUCUCCAGGGUUAGGUCAGGAGGACAGGGUACUUCACUUCCCUUUGCUGCUUCCCUUCUCUCUUGUCUCACCUAGUUGGAUCGCGAGGUCUCUGGAGCCACACUCUCUCACAGGUCCCAGCUGCACUGAUUUUUAUUACUGCUGCUAGAGCCGCAUAGAUACUGUACUACUGCUUUUGGUCCAUGUGCCUUCCCUCUAGGCACUCCACGUGCCUCAUGGUGCUCUUGACAAUGUAGUCAAGCGGUAAGACACCAGCUUUGAUUAUAGAUGUGAGGUCUUACCCCAGCUAUGUUGAGCUUUCCACGUGAAGGCCAGAUAAAUCAUUGUCCUUCUCCCUCCCGACAGUCACGAAGGGCUCUCCCUCCACAGGUCUUGAGACGCUUAUCAUAGAGGAGCGUAGAAGGGGUCAGGGAAAGACUUUAACUGAAAAUAUCCUGCAAUAAGAGACCUUUAAUUUCUUCCCUUUGUGACUACAAAAGUUACAUAGUCAUCAUUUCCAUUUAUAGGCUGAUAAUGCAGGCAGGCAAAAAUUCUCAUAGGACAUAGGUUGAAAUGAACAUUUGGCAAAAGCAAAAAAGGUAUAUUUGAAAACAUGUUUGCUUCUUUUAAAUUUGCUUUUUCUCUUUACCAGUUUAGCUGCUAGCCAGUGCUUGGUCUCUGUCAGACAAGUCAGCUCCAUCCAGAACAUCUAAGUACAGCUAAGAAUUCAAGCUGUUGUAUUGUUUUCAAAAUCAGUUACUGUGAUCACUAAAAAAAUAGAUCAUAAGGUAACAUGGUGCUUUUUUGGAACAGAGUAGGUUACUUUCAAUAUGCUUCAAUUGGUGGCAUUAUCACUAAGAAGACACACUCUGCACACUUCGACCAUGCUAAGUUACAACUUACAGCUGUUUUUAUGCAAAUAUUAUUAUCUCCUCUGCCCAGAGGAUGUUCUGUUGGCAGAUGGUGUAGAAACAACGAGUUCUUAGGCAGGAGAGAUUAGACUACAAGACAAAUAGCGCUUCAGUUUUAUUACACCAUAAAAGAGCGUAAAGCCAAGAGACGGUCAACCAAAACAGUGAACUGAGCACAUUUAGCAAUGAGCAACCCUUGCUGAGUUUUCUUUCACAUCUAUCAACUACAUUUUCAGAUUAGCUCUUCACAACAGGACUACCAGCCACGGCCACAAACCAGCACGUUUUGCUAACAGUAACAUUGAUAUAACUUCCCUGUACUCCUUUAUUUUAACAUAACAGACUUUACACACGCAGAAGUUAUUCAUUUUCCUCUAUUAAUGCUAGAACAUUGUCAGCAUUUUCAGCUGGAUAAAUCACUUUCAAUCACUGUGCUGUCCUAAACUCAUGGCUGUGUUCAACACCAUUCACAGCUGUAUUUCAGUGAACAGUCAGCAAGUUCCUCCACGUGCGAGUCUGCAAAGAUCUCUGAGAGCUUUUAGGCCAUCAAACAUAAAAGAGGAAGAUACUGCCAUGAAAAAAUCUGGCUAAAACAUAGAAGCACUUACCUGGUGGGAAAGAGAGAGCCACAGCCAACAACAACCUGCUGCAAUGAUGGCUUUAGGGCAAGGAGACCUUAGCUUUGCCAGAUUUGUCUUUCAGGAACAAAGCGUUUGCCCAUGUGGUAGUCUUGGAGACGGGUAUGCAGGAAACCAAAGCAGGAUAACGGCAGCAGGUUCACCUCGCAGGCGGGGUGGCCGGGGGAGGCAGGUUCUCCAGCCAACUGUCCUCUGUUUCCGUCAGGACAGUAGUGAGGCAGCAGAUGGAGCUGGCCCCUGGGACGAAGAGGUCACCAAGUGGUGGGGAGAGUGGAGCUCCUGGUCCACCUGCUCCCGAUCCUGCGGCGGAGGUGUGAUGUCUCGGGAGAGGCACUGCUUGCGGCAGAGGCUCCAGAUGCCCCAGGGAACAAACAGCACCAUGUGCGUCGGCCAAGCCAAGCACUACCAGCUGUGCCAGCAGCAGCCCUGUCCAGCCAACACGGCAAGCUUCAAACAACAGCAGUGCUCCAGUUUCAAUGCCAAAGCCUUUGGGAAGCGCUACUACCACUGGACACCCCUUUAUCCAGAUGACUACACCAGUAUCUCCAACAAACCAUGUGACCUCCAAUGCACCACCCGGAGUGGAGAGAGGCAGCUGAUGGCCCGGGCACAGGAUGGUACCUCCUGCAAGGACAGGACCUAUCAAGGGGUCUGCAUCAAUGGGAAGUGUGAGCCAGUUGGGUGCGAUGGGAGCCUGUAUUCACCCCGGACGAUGGACAGAUGCAGGGUGUGUGGAGGGGACGGCAGCACUUGCCACCGUGUCUCGGGCAGCUUCCGAAAGGGAAUCUCACAGAUAGGUUACGUGUUCAUCACCAACAUCCCUGCCGGUGCCACGGACAUCCUCAUCAUUGAGCGCAGGAAAACAGAAAACAUUCUGGCACUUGCAGAUGAAUCCGGGCAUUUCUUCUUCAACGGCAACUCCGCCAUUGACAACCCCCAGAACUUCAGGGUAGCUGGCACGAUCUUCAAGUACCGGCGGCCCUCGAGCCUGGACUCGGAUGGGCUGGAGUAUAUCAUAGCUCAUGGGCCCACCAACCAGUCUCUGAAUGCCAUGUACUAUAACUUUAAUGGGAAAAUGCCGCACAUAACUUAUGACUACACUGUGCCACGAACACCAGCUCUCCGAACUGCAGCCCCUGCUGUUGACGCACCUCUCUAUCAUCACCUACCAGAGACCAGCCAGAACCAACCCAUUCCUGCCAACUCCAGAGCUGCCCAGGACUUCAAUGCCACAUGGCUUUCCCUGUCACCAGAUGACACCAGUGAACAGCUUCCUCUAGGAGAAGGGCGUGAAAAUUUAGGCUUCAGCCGCCAGGAUUUCUUCCAAACUAACUCUACUAGUCAGCCUCGGGACUGGGGCUGGGAACAAGGUGGAGAGAAGGAGGAGAAGUUUGACUUCCAGAUAAGACAGGUCUACCAUGCAAACACAGCAAGAGAGGAAGAAGAGGAGGAUGCAGCAGCAAUUGGUGGAGAAACAGAGUUGGCCCUCAGAUUCAAUCAGAUUUCCAUCAGCACGGCCAUACCCUACAGCAUGAGGAGACCCGAGCUCUCAGAGAACAGCCGCGUAGCAUCCUCCAGGCUUCGUCUCUUCAGGCGGCUGUGUCACCGGGACCCACACAACACCGCCUUCUGUAGGGAGCUGCAGCACCUGGCUGCCAGGCUGGCCCGGAGGAACUCCACAGCAGGGCUAUGGAGCGAGCUGCCUGCUCAGUGGCCGCAGGGCCUUCACAAAGCACCGGCCCGUAAGAACUUGCUGGAGGACUUGAAGGUGGAGACGUUCACUGGGAGUCAGGGGGAAGCAGCUAACUACAGCUUGAUGGCGUCUGUGGAGAGCCCUCUGCUAGGUGCCAGCACUACUGCGGACAUCAGCCAGGCAGAGCCUCUACAAGCCCCUGGCACUGAAAGCAAUGAGUUUGAUGUGAGCCCCGUGGGCCAUGACGACAUCAGCUUGGCUGACAUGUAUCGGUGGAAGGUCUCAGCUUAUGCCCCUUGCAGCUCCACGUGCACAUCAGCAGGUAUCAGUGCCUCCUAUGCGAUGUGUGUCCGAUAUGAUGGGGUGGAAGUGGAUGAAACAUACUGUGAUGCCCUAAUGCGACCAGAACCUACUCACGAGUUUUGCACGGGGAGAGACUGCCAGCCCAGGUGGGAGACCAGCCGGUGGAGCGAAUGCUCCAGGACCUGUGGAGAGGGCUAUCAGUACCGAACCGUGCGCUGUUGGAAGAUGCUGGCUCCAGGCUUUGACAGCUCUGUUUAUGAUGACCUCUGCGAGUCGGCUGGGCUGGCCAGGCCCAUGGAGAGGAAAGCCUGCAAGAACACAGUCUGUGGGCCCCAGUGGGAGCUCUCCGAGUGGUCUGAGUGUUCGGCCCAGUGUGGCACGCAGGGGAUGAUGAAGAGGGAGGUGCGCUGCUCAGUAGAAGCGCCCUUCUGCGACGAGUCCCGAAAGCCCAGCAGUGAGAAGGUGUGCACAGGCCCACCCUGCGACCGCCGCUGGAUCGCCUCGGACUGGGGCCCGUGCUCAGGUUCGUGUGGUGAGGGACGUAUGAGCCGCUUCAUCGCGUGUCGCAACCUGGAGGGCAAGGUGAUUUCUGACUCACAGUGUGAUCGAGCUGCGAAGCCCCUGGCUGUCCAUCCGUGUGGUGACAAGAACUGCCCUGCGCACUGGGUGGAACAGGAGUGGGACCAGUGUGAUGCUGCCUGUGGGCGAGGAAUGAAGACUCGGAUUGUCUUGUGUGCGGGCCUGGAGAAUGGUGUGUACAGGGAGUAUCCUGAGAAGCGCUGUGAAGCCUCUCAGAAGCCUGAGGAGCAAGCUGCCUGUUUCAAGAGACCCUGUUCAACAUGGUUCACUACUUCAUGGUCUCAGUGCAGCAAGACAUGUGGGGCUGGUGUGCGACUGCGUGAAGUAAAGUGUUACCAAGGGGAGGCACUGGGUCAGGGCUGUGACCCCACUUCCAAACCAGAAGCCAGGCAGAGCUGCCAACUCCAGCCAUGCCCCACAGAGGCACCAGAAGAAGACUGUGAAGACAAAGCGACGGCCAACUGCGUGCUGGUGCUGAAGGUGAAGCUGUGCUCUCAUUGGUACUACAGGAAGGCUUGCUGCCGGUCGUGUCGGACCAAGUCACCCUGACUGCUGUCAGGCUGCACUUUCCUUCCAAGCUCAGGGGCAGGAGCCCCGGGAACCAGACUUUACCACAUGAAGCCACCCCGCUUGGCUUGGCCACGGCGCCAGUCCCCGUAGACCAGCCUGCUUAGCGAGGAAGGAUUUUAGGACUUAGUCAUCACUGUCCCCUCUCCACUGAGAGGAUUAUACUUGAGACAAACCACCAGUUCCUACAAAGCUACUGAGAAGUGAGUUGGGAAAGCCUGUUCCUGCUGUCAGUCAUCUCUGAAGAGUUCUUCUUCUUCCUCAGUGCUCCAGAAAUUCACAUGGCAGCCCAGCUAGGCCCACAACAGGAGAAGGCCUAGUUGGAGGUGGUGAGGCACAGAGGCCAGCCUGCAGCUGAGCCCAGAUGGUAGCAGCAGCCACUCUGCUCUGCUCUGCAGAUUUUUCUACUACAAGGUCAAUAUCCAAAACACACCAAAAAAUUCUGUGUCACAAUAAAGAGCUAAACUGUAAAA